AUGGAACAACCCAACCAGCCCUCACAACCCGGCCCUUCCAACUCUCCAAACGCCACAAUCUCUCAAAUCCAAACAUUUCUACAAUCCAAAGACGACACCCAGCGCUUCGUUGGCCUAGCACUCCUCAAGUCCGUCCUCGACAACACCCCAGACCUCCGACAAGAUGAGCAAGUCAUCCUCUCACUGUGGGAAAGCAUAUCGCCCAAGUUUCUGGACAGACUCAUAAAAACGGGGUCCAAGACAUCCGGCGACAAUUCCAAAGAGAUGCUGGACCUGGUAGUUUCUGUCAUUCACACGUUUGCCGCACUGCUGCCUGAGUCGGCGAGGAGUGAGGCCAAGUUUACGGGUAGGAUACCAGGGCUGGUGGGCGCUGUUCUAUACAGCGUUGGCGACACGACUUUACUAUUACUACAGCUUCUUCACACACUUGUUAGCACGCCGGAAGGUGCCAAGGCAUUCAUUUACGCAGGAGAUGUCUCUGCUUUGAGUGAGAUUGCUCCCACGCAUGCUAUUGUGCUGGAUAUUUUCUGCUUUGCAUGGCUGAAUGGCAUGGCGACUGUCUUGGAGAAACACGUUUUAGUUCAGCAGAUUACGGAUACGAUGCAGUCUGUCGUGUCGUCAUUCAGGGGUACUGAUGGAGUCACUCUGCUCAAGUUUUUGGGCACGUUUCUCAGACAGGCGGACCCUACUAUCCUCCCCCAUGAACCAACAUGGCUAAAAACAAUAGUAGGCUUCAUACAAACACUUGUCAGGAGCCGUCCCAACCCAGCCGCCCGAUCAGCCUACACCAAUGCCGCUGCAUCCAUCCUCCAGGCCUACCCGCAAUCCACAGCACUAUUAUUCACAGAAUCCUCAAAGGACGACAAGCCAUUCUCCUAUCUCCUCAUCAACCUCAUGCUCAUCGAUAUCCGCUCCUCCGCACCCACUCUCCUCGAACAACUCAACACACCGGAAUACGCUAAGCUCUCCCGUCGACUAGCGUCCGCGUUCGACGUCAUCUCCAUUUUCAUAGGGUAUCUCGUCCGCUGUCUCGAAGACGAAUCACUAGAUACCCUUAUAAUGUCACCGGAUAACCUGCUGAAGCUACGCAAGGGCAUAUCGGAAACAAUGUCCCUAACAGUAGAGUACCUACGCGACAGGUGGGAUGCCACCUUUGCAGGGGCAAUGGGCCUGCAUCCUGAUGCGAGAACAGCGAAUACAGAAACGGCAUCUGGGUCCCGCCGCACACUAGCGUGGGAUUCCAUGAUAAACACCGCUGAUGAAGAUCCGUUGAUUCUGUCUGCCGUGAGGGCACUGGCUCUUUGGCUGAGGGAGGAUGAGAAUGAAAUGUUGCGCGAGGAAGCGACCGGCUUGAUUGACAUGUUUAUGGAGCUGUAUCAGAGUAGUUCAUUGGAGAAGCUGGAUUUUCGAUCUGCAACCUUGGUUGGUAUGGAAGCCUUGGUGAGUAUGCAGCAGGGUCGAGAGAUAUUCCUCCGCAAUGAAGGGUGGAAGAUUCUCAGUAAAGACUUGGCGAGUCUUUUGGAAGGCUCAGAGGGGCUUGAAGAUGCCAGUGCGUCAAGGGGCAUUGAAAUCGUGCGUAUUCUACUGGCGGUGGCGGAACAAGAGUCUGGUACAUCAGAGGAAUGGAUGGAUCUUAUUACGGCUGUGGCAGCAUGGCAUGUUUCUACAGAGGUGUCGCUUCUAGUGCAGGAGUUUCAGGUUGCUGUUCUGCAACUGUGUUGUGCAUUGUUGGUCAGUGCCAGCGACGGCAUGAAGAAGAGGUAUAGCCAAUCCAUUGCGGCUAUAAAUGGGACGGCAGAUCAGAUUCAGAGGGCAGUUGUCGAUGCUGAAUUGGCAGAGGCGAUGGAAGAUGUUGUACAGACAUUAAAAGAUGUUAUGAAGGCAAUAUAG